AUGUUGGGAGCAGCAGAGAAUUCCCAAGGUGGAUUCUGGGAUCGUUCCCAGAAUGAUGAUCCAUUUUCCCAUCCCCUGAACAUCUGGCUGCUGCAGGCUGCAGACGCGCGGCUCACAGACCCCCACACCACCUGGAUCUCCUUCGUGCACCGCCCGGACGACGGCAGCAGCUCCAAGAGGAGAUGCAAAGGCAAAGACAAGAAAUUGCGAGGCCUGGUGGGGCCUCCAGGGCCUCCUGGGCCUCAGGGACCUCCAGGAGCUCCCGGGGCUGAAGUCACCAGGGAAGUUCUUCUGCAGGAGUUCAAGGAGAUCUUAAAAGAAGCCAUGGAGCACAGGGCCUCCCUGGCCGUCUCAGCCCAGCCCAGCCAGCUGCCCCCGCUGCUGCUGUCCCUGGAGGAGCUUCCCUCGCAGCGGCGCGUGCAGCAGGCGUUCCACUGCAAGCUCAAGGGCCAGGUGCUGGUGGACAAGAAGACCUUGGUGGAACUCCAGAAUUUCCAGUCGCCCGCGGCCAAGGGCGCGUUCCUGCGGGGCUCGGGGCUGAACCUGGCCACCGGGCGCUUCACUGCCCCCGUGGGCGGCAUCUACCAGUUCUCAGCCAACAUCCACAUCGACCACAGCGAGCUGAAGAGCAAAGUGCAGCUGCGGGCGCGGGACAGCGUGCGGGUGCUGAUCUGCAUCGAGUCCCUGUGCCACAGACACACGUGAGGCACCCGGGGCACUGAGGGGACCCCUUCCCUCUGCUUGUCCACAUUUCUGAACAUUUCUGCCAACUUUGGCAAUUCUUUCCCUCAAGGGGAUUUUGGGAGCUUUUCCAGGGAAAAACGGGCUGGAAAAGGAGCUUUUCCAGCAGAGAGGAAAGCUGUGGCUCUGUCCUUGGCCCCAGACCCCAAAUCCCUGCCCAGGUUUAUUUUAAUGCCCUGCCCUGAGCUCCUCCAGAAAUCCACAGGUCCAGAAAUCAGGGUGACUUUGGGACAGAUCCCAGAGCAAUCAGCAUGGAUUUGGGAUGUGUCCCAGA